AUGGCUAAGGUAUUCUGCAGCCUGCUGCUUCUGGGAAGUACCGUGAUGACAGCAACUGCCUGCCCUAAGUACUGUGUCUGCCAGAACCUGUCUGAGUCCCUAGGCACCCUGUGUCCUUCUAAAGGCCUUCUUUUUGUCCCACCUGACAUUGACCGGAGGACUGUGGAGCUACGGCUCGGCGGGAACUACAUUAUCAGGAUUACACAGCAGGAUUUUGUCAACAUGACAAGUCUUGUGGACCUCACGCUUUCUCGGAAUACUAUUGGCUCUAUCCAACCCUUCUCCUUUGUGGAUCUAGAGACUCUCCGCUCUCUGCAUCUAGACAGUAACCGCCUUACUGAGCUUGGCCCAGAUGCCCUAAAAGGUCUGGUGAACCUGCAGCACCUCAUUCUGAACAACAACCAACUGAACCACAUCUCCAAAGAGGCCUUUGAUGACCUGCUGCUAACAUUGGAGGACCUUGACCUUUCGUACAACAACCUCCGGGGCGUUCCUUGGGAAGCCGUUCGCAAGAUGCUUAGCUUGCACCAGCUCAGUCUGGAUCACAAUUUGAUCAGUUACAUAUCUGAGGGCACUUUUACAGACCUGGAGAAGUUAGCCAGACUUGAUCUGACCUCAAAUCGGCUCCAGAAGCUUCCACCGGAUCCUACAUUCGCUCGGUCGCAGACCACCGAUGUGCUGAGUACACCGUUCGCUCCAAUGCUGUCUCUUAGCUUUAGUGGCAACCCACUUCAUUGUAACUGUGAGAUUUUGUGGCUGAGAAGGCUUGACCGGGAGGACGACAUGGAGACCUGUGCUUCUCCCUCGAAUCUUAAGGGAAGGUACUUCUGGUAUGUCCGCGAGGAGGAAUUUGUCUGCGAACCACCUUUAAUUACUCAGCAUACGCACAAAUUGUUGGUGCUCGAGGGCCAGACAGCCAGUCUCCGCUGUAAGGCAGUAGGUGACCCAAUGCCCUACAUACACUGGGUGGCCCCAGAUGACCGGCUUAUCAGCAAUUCUUCUCGGACAACUGUGUUUGAGAACGGCACUCUGGAUAUCAUGGUCACCACUUCCAAGGAUUAUGGCACUUUCACUUGCAUCGCCUCCAAUGCAGCAGGAGAAUCCACAGCCUCCAUCGAGCUCUCCAUCAUCCAGCUGCCACAUCUCAGCAACGGCACGAACCGUACCUCGCUGCCCAAGUCCAGGCUGUCCGAUAUCACAAGCUCUACGAAAACCACCAAAGGUGAUACGAAACCUCAGCCGGAACAGGUGGUGACUGUGUCAGAGGUCACGUCUGUCUCGGCACUGAUAAAGUGGACGUUUAGCAAAACAGCUCCCAAGGUGAAAAUGUACCAGCUUCAGUACAACUGCUCAGAUGAUGAGGUCCUGAUUUACAGGAUGAUCCCACUUGCCAGCAGGUCCUUUGUGGUCAAUAACCUUAUGCCGGGGAUGCAGUACGACUUGUGUGUGCUUGCCAUCUGGGAUGACACGGCCACCACCCUUACUGCCACCAACAUUGUUGGCUGCGUUCAGUUCGUCACACAUGAUGACUACCCUCGCUGCCAGUCUCUUCACAGACAGUUCCUUGGAGGAACCAUGAUCCUUGUGAUUGGAGGGGUGAUCGUCGCCACUCUUUUGGUCUUUAUCGUUAUACUCAUGGUGCGCUACAAGGUCAGUAGUUCUUCGCCUGUUUCCAAGCUUGUUUCCGUAAGCAACACGUACUCUCAGACCAACGGGGGAUUACAGGCAGCGCAGUCACUUAACGGUGCCCCUCCACCUCUGGCUCCCAAGACUGUAGUUGUGAUGCACGAUGAGGUCGUAGAGUUCAAGUGUGGCUCUUUGCAAAGCAGCAUCUCUUCAUCCUCUGCAGACUCAAUUGGCAUUGAGAACAUGGAGCGGUAUAACCAGCGUGGCAGUUCCAGUACUAUACCUUACAGAUGGAAGCAUGCUACGGUGAAAACAAGGCCCAAUAUAGACCACCUGCUUGGUGCUUUUGUGUCGCUGGAUUUGAAGGCUCCUGUCAGGGAUCCAGGAGGCCAUUCUACUGCAGGACCCAUGGUGGCUGCAAUGGAUGUCCUUUCAGAUAAGGAGCCACUGCUGGGCCGUGGGGACUCCAAGCUGGGGCGCUUUCUCAAAUUGCCACUGGAGAGCAAGCCCAAGCGCAGUCACUCAUUUGAUAUGAGCGACGUCACUGCUUCACAGUGCCUUAGCUACCCUCAGCGCAUCAGCACCAUCUGGACUAAAAGGAGCCUGUCGGUAAAUGGGAUGUUGCUGCAGUGUGAUGAGAGCGAGGGCGAAGGCGAUAAAGGGACACUCGAUAGCUCGGAAUGGGUUAUGGAGAGUACGGUCUGA